GCGUAAAUAAUACGCCCCCGGAGAGAUAAGGCGUCGUAACACUGACGGUGUUAUGCUACACAGUCUGCUCGAUGGCUAGCUCCGCGCUACAAGACGUCCCGAAGACUGGAAUUAUCCAAAUGUUGGGCUCAAACGCACCUAAACUCCUAUUACCGUGUAAAAUAAAGUAAACAACGGAAUACGUGUGAUGAAAUUAUCGGGUCUUAAAUCGUCGGGAGCUGGUUUUCCGUUUCACUCUGUGUGGCGUGGCAGGCUGGGCUCGAUCUGUGUGUGGAUCACUUCCAAACUAAUCAUUAACAGGACGCGUGUGACUGGUUGGAUUUCAAUACCGUAACACACUAGUUAGCUAAACGUUACUCCCAACUGCAAACAUGGAGACUAAACUUAAGACUGCAGCUCAGACUGCUCUGGACUUGGAGCGAGAAAGACAGUAUUGUGAACUUUGUGGGAAAAUGGAGAAUCUCCUCAAGUGCGGCCGGUGCCGAAACUCGUUCUACUGCAGCAAGGAGCACCAGAAGCAGCACUGGAAAAUGCACAAGGUGAAUUGUAAAGAAUCCGAGGAAAAACCGCAGAUUUCAAAACAGAAGUCUGCUGAACCUCAGGCACCGUCUGGGGGGAUAGAGGGACAGACACUACCGUCACCACAACUAAAGACACGCGUCCAACCCGACACCGCAUCUCCGAGCGGAGAGACUAGAAUGAAAGGUUUUAUAACUAACGCAGAGUGCGCUGGCUCCUCGGUCGGUAAGCCAGGCGGGUCGAAUACCAAACCCAACGGACAGACCACCACCCGGUCCACGCCUCAGAAUCUCGCCAUUGAGUACAUAGUCCCGUGUAUGAUUAAGCAUGGGAUAUGUGUUGUUGACAACUUCCUCGGCGGUGAAACGGGGCUGGCCAUCUUGGAAGACGUCAAAUUGUUGCAUAAAACCGGGAAGUUUACCGACGGUCAGCUGGUCAGUCAGAAAACGGACUCCACUAAAGACAUUAGGGGAGAUAAGAUCACAUGGAUUGAGGGCCGAGAGGCCGGAUGUGAGAAGAUCUGCUUCCUCAUGAGCCGGAUGGAUGAUCUGGUCAGACAUUGUAAUGGUCAGCUGGGAAACUUUACAAUAAAUGGAAGGACUAAAGCGAUGGUGGCGUGUUACCCAGGCAACGGGACCGGAUACGUACGCCAUGUGGACAACCCGAACGGAGACGGGCGAUGUGUCACCUGUAUAUACUACCUGAAUAAAGACUGGGACACCAAGGAACAUGGGGGUGUUCUGCGUAUCUUCCCAGAGGGUAAAUCUCAGUUCGCCGACAUCGAGCCUAAGUUUGACCGGUUGCUGUUUUUCUGGUCAGACAGACGGAACCCACACGAGGUCCAGCCCGCCCAUGCUAUCAGGUAUGCCAUCACAGUGUGGUAUUUUGAUGCUGAUGAACGAGCCAGGGCUAAAGAGAAAUACUUAACAGGAGCUGGAGAGAAAGGAGUGAAGGUGGAACUGAACAAACCAUCAGACCUCAGCUAGUGGGAGAGGAGGAGAGAAGAGCGGAGGCGAAGAGAGAAGAGAGGAGGGGAGAGAGGAGGAGAGCAGAGGGGAGGGGAGAGAGGAGAGGGAGUAGAAGAGAGGAGAGGGGAGAGGAGACACCCCAUCUACCAGCCAAGAAGUGCUAUGGCCUGAGAGAGGGAGAGGCCUAAACCAAGAGAGACAGGGUGUGUGUGCAUAUGUGGCAGAACGACAGACUGCAAGAGAGCAAGAGAGAGAGGGAGGGUGUGUGGAAGAUGAUUUCUUGUUCUUCACGUUUUCUGGAGCUCUACGGGUAGACUGAUUUCUCAACUGACCUUGAAUGUCAUGACGUCACAGUACUGCAAGGGGAGACUGUCCCUUCUCUGUUUGUGGCCCAAAGGGGACCCUAUUUCCCACGUAGUGCACUAGUGACCAAAAUAAAUGCUCAAUGGAGAAUAUCCAUUGAUAUAGCUUUUUAUUCCAGGACUAAGCUAUGGGCCCUGGUCAAAUGUAGUGCACUAUGUAGGGAAAACGGUUCCAUUUGGGACAAAGUCUGUGGCAUUUUUGGUGAAGACAAUGCUGAGAUAAAAGAAGCUAACAUUUAGAGAACGCUUUGAGCUUCAGGAUCCAACCGACCCCUGAGAGACUGUCAUUCUGUUGUCUUUUACCAUGUUCUGGUAUUGAGCUUCAGGAACCAACCGACCCCUGAGAGACUGUCAUUCUGUUGUCUUUUACCAUGUUCUGGCUUUGAGCUUCAGGAACCAACCGACCCCUGAGAGACUGUCAUUCUGUUGUCUUUUACCAUGUUCUGGCUUUGAGCUUCAGGAACCAACCGACCCCUGAGAGACUGUCAUUCUGUUGUCUUUUACCAUGUUCUGGUGUUGAGCUUCAGGAUCCAACCGACCCCUGAGAGACUGUCAUUCUGUUGUCUUUUACCAUGUUCUGGUGUUGAGCUUCAGGAUCCAACCGACCCCUGAGAGACUGUCAUUCUGUUGACUUUUACCAUGUUCUGGUAUUGAGCUUCAGGAUCCAACCGACCCCUGAGAGACUGUCAUUCUGUUGUCUUUUACCAUGUUCUGGUAUUGAGCUUCAGGAACCAACCGACCCCUGAGAGACUGUCAUUCUGUUGUCUUUUACCAUGUUCUGGUAUUGAGCUUCAGGAUCCAACCGACCCCUGAGAGACUGUCAUUCUGUUGUCUUUUACCAUGUUCUGGUGUUGAGCUUCAGGAACCAACCGACCCCUGAGAGACUGUCAUUCUGUUGUCUUUUACCAUGUUCUGGUGUUGAGCUUCAGGAUCCAACCGACCCCUGAGAGACUGUCAUUCUGUUGUCUUUUACCAUGUUCUGGUGUUGAGCUUCAGGAACCAACCGACCCCUGAGAGACUGUCAUUCUGUUGUCUAUUACCAUGUUCUGGUGUUGAGCUUCAGGAACCAACCGACCCCUGAGAGACUGUCAUUCUGUUGUCUUUUACCAUGUUCUGGUAUUGAGCUUCAGGAACCAACCGACCCCUGAGAGACUGUCAUUAUGUUGACUUUUACCAUGUUCUGGUGUUGAGCUUCAGGAUCCAACCGACCCCUGAGAGACUGUCAUUCUGUUGUCUUUUACCAUGUUCUGGUGUUGAGCUUCAGGAUCCAACCGACCCCUGAGAGACUGUCAUUCUGUUGUCUUUUACCAUGUUCUGGUAUUGAGCUUCAGAAUCCAACCGACCCCUGAGAGACUGUCAUUCUGUUGUCUAUUACCAUGUUCUGGUGUUGAGCUUCAGGAACCAACCGACCCCUGAGAGACUGUCAUUCUGUUGUCUUUUACCAUGUUCUGGCUUUGAGCUUCAGGAACCAACCGACCCCUGAGAGACUGUCAUUCUGUUGUCUUUUACCAUGUUCUGGCUUUGAGCUUCAGGAUCCAACCGACCCCUGAGAGACUGUCAUUCUGUUGUCUUUUACCAUGUUCUGGUGUUGAGCUUCAGGAACCAACCGACCCCUGAGAGACUGUCAUUCUGUUGUCUUUUACCAUGUUCUGGUAUUGAGCUUCAGGAACCAACCGACCCCUGAGAGACUGUCAUUCUGUUGUCUUUUACCAUGUUCUGGUUUUGUGGUUGACUCCUUAAAGGUACAGAGUCCAUACUGAUGAACUCUGAGUUAACCGUAUUGCGAGUGCGUCUCGGUAGCAAGGCUUCUAAUUGGGACAGCUAACUUAGUUUUAAAAGGUUUAAGCAGAGGGUUCGUUCAGAGUUUGUAAGUAUGGACCCACAGUGUUUUGCAUACACUUGUUGUGUUGAUGCUGUUUAUAUGGAAUAAGCUGUUUUAAGCUUUUUGUUCAAUGAGCUUGUGGAGGUUUUUUAAUAAAAUGAGGAGAGGUCUCAAUUAAAAAGGUUUUUGAUAACAUGAGGAGAGAUCUCAUUUUUAAAGGUUUUUGAUAACAUGAAGAGAUCUAAUUUUUAAAUGUUUUUGAUAACGUGAGGAGAGAUCUCAAUUAAAACGGUUUUUGAUAACAGGAGGAGAGAUCUCAAUUAAAACGGUUUUUGAUAACAGGAGGAGAGAUCUCAAUAAAUUAAAAAAAUUAAAACAGUA